GAGAGACAGAGAGGAGGAGAGGAGAGACAGAGGGGAAGGCUGGUUCCUGAUAUCGAGAUACAGAAGGGCAGAGCCAGGGGUGGAAGGAAGAGAACAGAGGAAUUACAUACGUAUACAGAGACAGAAAAAACAAAUAUACAUAUAUUCUGCAUGUGCCCCUCGUUGCUAUAGCACCCUGGACCCAAAGUAGCAACAUUCUUAGAACCCUAGCUUCAUGGAUUAACAGAAUCUGCAGGAGGAGAACCCGCCAGUUUGUCAAAUGAAUAACAGGAAGGAAGACAUGGAGAUCAAAUCUCACUACCGACAGCUCCUGCGGGAGCUGAAUGAGCAGCGGCAGCACGGCAUCCUGUGCGACGUGUGCAUCAUCGUGGAGGGCAAGAUCUUCAAAGCGCACAAGAACGUGCUGCUGGGGAGCAGUCGCUACUUCAAGACCCUGUACUGCCAGGUUAAGAAGACCUCCGAGCAGGCCACUGUCACACACUUGGACAUUGUCACAGCGCAGGGCUUCAGAACCAUCUUGGACUUCAUGUAUUCCGCCCACUUGGCGCUGACCAGCAAAAACGUCAUCGAGGUUAUGUCAGCGGCAAGCUACCUGCAGAUGACCGACAUCGUCCAGGCGUGUCACAACUUCAUCAAAGCUGCCCUCGACAUCAGCAUCCGCUCGGAGUUGUCGGACGAGCUGGUUGAUUUCGAGAUGAACGCAGCCACCGGGGGAAGCGGCAGUGCGGAAGCGUUGGUGUCAAUGAUGUCAGGCAGGAGCACCUCUCCUUGGCUGGCACGGAGAACCAGCCCUGCCAAUUCCUCUGGUGAUUCGGCCAUUGCCAGCUGCCACGAAGGAGGGAGCACGUACGGUAAAGAGGACCAGGAGCCCAAAAAUGACAGCCACGAUGACAUUUCUUCACAGUCCUUGUGGUCCAGUGAAUUCAGGCCUGUACAGGUCAAAGAGGAGCAGGUAUCCCCCUCGAACUACAGGAAAGAGGGAUCUACUUCUGCACAGAACACUUUAGGGGAGCAGGGCAGCGGAGAGAGCUGGCAGCCAUCUGGGUCCGGGCGCAGGAAGAACCGGAAAAAUAAGGACACGGUGCGUCACAUCACGCAGCAAGUAGAAGACGACAGCAGGGCCAGCUCACCCAUGCCGUCCAUCCUCUCUGUCUCUGGCUGGACCUACAACAGCCAGGAUAUUCCAGGUGCUGACGUAAUGGAGCCCAACAGCUCAGACAGCCGAGGAGACCAGUUGGAUUUCUUCAUGAAGCAGGAGGAGGCGCUGGCAGGAGAGGCCAACUACCUGUCCCAGUCUCUGGGCUCGGAGAAGGAAGAGUCUUUGAGCCAGGGGACCUCUGUGGCUAACCUGCGCGCUGCCCUCAUGAGCAAAAACAGCCUGUUAUCUCUCAGAGCAGAGAUGCUUGGAGAAGAAAACCCAUUGCUUUUUGAAUACUUUCCCAAAGGCACACAUUCUUUGUCCCGGCCUGGCUCCUCCAACUCCUCGAAUCCUCGUCCUAGGGACACAUUUGAUAGCAAACAAGGGUCCUCCUCUCCUACCCUGCCCCUGCACACCUCUGCAUGCAGGCCCUCGACUCCCCUUGGUCCCCUCAAUCUGCUGUCUGGGGAUCUUAUACCAGAUACACUGCCAAGGGAGGAGGCCCCUGACUCGCCACCCCUGCAGGUCAAGAUGCAUGAUGAAGAGGAUAUGCAGGAUUACGAUACAGGCCUGGAUGCAAUCCACAACUCAAGAUCUGAAGAUCAGAUGACUGACACAGAUACAAGCAAUAGUGAAACCAAGCUGUUGUUAAAUGGUGCAAGCUGGUCGCAGGAGCUGAUGUGUUCUUUAUGCAGGAGAUUGUUUGGCAGCCCGGAGAAGCUCAAGGAACAUGAGUACCAGCACACCUUAAUGAUGGCGCUAUCCUUCGACGGUUUUGAAAUCAGGAGGCCUGCGGUGUCCAACCUUGCCAGUUCGGUGUCACCUGGGCCACAGGGCCGCUAUUUCUGUUCCCAUUGCCCGGCCAGCUUUACUCUCAAAUCAAACGCUGACCGGCACGAGAAGACCAUCCAUUUCAAACGCAAGAUGAUGCAGUGCGACUUCUGUCUCAAGCAUUUCCGGGACAGGACAGACCUCAACCGACACUUGUCCUCUGUACAUUCAAGAGAGCGUAUCUUCACUUGCAGCAUCUGCAACAAGUCCUUCAGCACACAGAAAAACCUAGCGACGCACAUGAAAGUGUGUUCCCAGAGCAGUGCCCAGACAGAUCUCUGGGAAACAGCGGAGCGCAGCGAAGUGACCAGCAACAGCUAGCGCGUAAUGUUUAGAAAUACUGGAUCUUGCCUGACAUGGUGGAUAAAUGAAAUCCAGAAAUUGCUAUUUUUCCUCCUGUAUUUUGUAUAAUAUACACAGUGUGUUUGUAACUUGUGUAUAAUACCUUAGUAAGAUAUUUAAGGUUUUUGUAUUAAAUUUUUUUUUACUACAAUAAAUUGGAACGCACAUUAGCUGUACCCAGUGCAUUCUUUUGGAAUACAGGUUAUUUCAGGGAUGUAGUUUUUUUUGUUUUUUAUUUUAAUCUAUAAAUGACCCUUUCUGAUGAAGCGAUUGCACAUAUUUUUUGAGCAUGUAGGUGCUGGUUUGUUCUGACAGGUCGUGAUGUUUUUUUGUAUGGAACGGGCUAAUCACAUAAAACAGAGUGGCUCGGUUUGCUAAAGCCUGUCUUUGUUCUUGAGUUUUCAGCCUGACACGGGUCACAAGUAAAGUUAUUGUGUUUAGUUUUACCUGCUUGUUAAGAUUAUGGGUUUCUCUUGUCCUUGGAAGGUAAUACUGAAACGAGUACUUUGUGAAACAGCACCGCCUGCUGGAGCAUUACGGUACUAGCUUUUCUUUUUAGAUGCGUUUGAAAAGCCCACAGCAGGUCACGGCACAAUGAAGGGAAAAUGACAUUAGAGGUAAGCGGAAACCCCCUCACCCCCGGUGCUCCCUUCACCCCACUGGUCCGUUCUGAGCUUACCUGAGUAAUUGUCAGAAUUGUCCCAUGUGUGCCUUUCCCUCUGUGACCUUUGCCCAUGGAUAAAGUGUAGAGGGGAAGGGGUUAUGCCUGAAGCAGUGACCUCUUUGAACUGUUUCAUAAUCUAGUAGUGUCAAUCUGGCAUCAAUUAUUUAAGGAUAUGCAGUCUUAUGUCGGCACCAUCAGGCUGUUUGCUUUCAGAUAACACUUUCUGUUGUUUGAUAAAAAUGGUUUAAUGCUUAGCUAUUUGUGAUUUUUUUUUUGUUUUUUUGUUUUUUUUGUUUUUUUUUUUUUGUCCCAAAAAUAAUUGGAGGGCACUUUAAAAACCAGAGAGAUUUAUUUGUAUCCCUUUUUCUGGAUUUGCCUUUAUGUUUUGUUUUUCUUUGUAACACUUUUGUAUAUUUUAUUUGGCGGGCACAGCCGUGUUUGAGGCCCCACACCUUGAAUUAUGGCAGCUAUGCAUAUUUUGAAAAGGUGUGAAUGUAGGCGUGAUACAAAACUGUUUUCCAGGAGCAGGUUCUUCUCCUUUUUAAUUUUCAAUAUGCAAAAUAAACCACGUUCCAGAAAGUUCCAAUAGGGAUUAACCUUGGUAUUAACACUGUCUUGGUCUUGGCAUUUUACUUAUGCAUUACCUUCAGAACCUCCGCAUAAAUUAAAUUGGACAUCUAUAAGAAGUUACUCUGCAUACUGUGAAUAUACAGUGCCUAUAGAAAGUCUAUACCCCCUUUCAAAAUUUUGUUGCCUUUAGCCUGGAAUUAAAAUGCAUU